CAUUUUGUUGGUGUCAUGGUUACAGAAGAAACCCCCUUUCUGAUGUAGAAAUGCUUUCUCUGACGGACAGUUAUUCUCCUGUGUGUGAUCUACCUGCUGCUUUAUCAGAGACGUGAGGAGCAGAUAUGAGUUUCCCAGCAGCAGCGAGAGGACUUGUCGUCCUCCUUCUCUCUAUGCAAGGUGUCACUGGUCAAAACGGAGACGCAGUGAUUUGCACUUACAGAUACAUCUGUGCCCCAAAAGGAUCAUCAGAGAACAUUUCCUGCAUCUACAACACUUAUCAUUUAUAUGGUGGAUCUAAAUUGUGGUUCAGACAUGAGAGUUAUUCUGAUUGGCUAACCUCCUCCCCGGUGGACCUUAGUGAAGACUCCCAGUAUGAAGGUCGUAUUCAGGUUCUUGAAACAGAGAGAAGACGCUCCACUCUGAGGAUCUCUGACCUGAGAGACUCAGAUUCAGCUGAGUAUCGCUUCACAUUCAAAACAUCAGGCUUUGAUUGGAGGAGAAGUCUACCUGGUACAACUCUGACUGUCACAGCUCUGCAGGUGCAGGUGAUCACAGUAUCAGUCAACCAGUCUGACACCUUUGCAGAGCUGAAGUGUCACAGCAGCUGCCUUUCAGCUUCCUACGUCUGGUUCAAGAGCGGAGAGAAAAUCACAACGACAAACAAUAAUACAUAUAUAUAUUCUUAUAAAGGCCAGUUAAAUCACAAGGACAACAUCACCUGUGCUUUUAAAGGACAUGAGGACUUCCCCUCUCCUCCAGUUUACUCUCCAAGGCUCCCCUCUGUGUCAGUGAGUCCCUCUGCUGGGAUAAAGGAGGGCAGUUCAGUGACUCUGACCUGUAGCAGUGAUGCGAACCCAGCACUUAACUACACCUGGUACAAGGAGAAUGAAGACUCACAUCUUCCUCCUUUCAGUGAAGGACCACAGCUUGUCUUCAGCUCCUUCCAGCCCUCUCUGGACUCUGGACAGUAUUACUGUGCAGCUGAGAACAUACUUGGGAGGAGGACUUCUGAACACAUCUUUAUUGAUGUGGGAUAUAAAUCAACAAUGAUCCUGAACAUCACCAGGCUGACUCUGGUGGUUGUGAUGCUGAUUCCUCUGCUCCUUUUCUGUCUCUGGAUGAGGAAGAAGAAGGCUGUGAGCUCCACCACUGAACCGAAUGACCCCAUGGAGACUGUGGAGUUGGAUUCUGGUCCUUAUUACAUUAACGCCUCAGACCGGAACAUGGUCUCUGCUGCACAGACUGAAGAACCAGAGGAGCAGGAGCAGGUGUGAAGAUGCAUCAAACCAGACAGAGACUCACCUGGAUGGAAACAGAAGUAUGACUCUUUUCAGGACUGGAUGCCUCAGUUAAAUAGUAUUGUUUGAUUGUGAUCGUCGUAUUUAAUUUUUCCACUUUUCAAAUAUUCUUUUUCUUGAUUUUGUUGUGAAGUGAUCUUUCUAGGUUUCUUACAAGACUUGUCAUUGUAAUAAUUGUCACGUGAUGAAACCUAGGUCUGAUCUGUUAGUCAUUGCCUGUCCAGCGUGCUUUGGCUAUUUCUAUCCUGUAAGUGUUUAUUAAUAACAAAGCGCUGGUCUGAUCAGAACCGCUGCUUUAUGUAUUUAUUUGGAUCCCAGUAAGACUUUUUUUGUGUCUCAAGCUGAGAAACGUUGUCGUCCUUAAUGAGAUUUUAAGGGCAGAAAUCAAAUGUGUCAUCUUAAACUAUAACCCACUUCAUUUUGGAAUAAUGCCUACAGAAAUAAACUUAACUAGAAGGAAUAAAAUAAUGUAUUUUUAAAUAAAUUAUACAGUUUCAUCA